AUGAAUCUUACCUCUCAGCUCCUAGACCUGAUGCUGGAGGCAUCUAACCUCUCUCGGUGGCAGUUCAUCCAGCAGUACUCCAUCCCUCCUCUCGUGGCAGUGCCCAGGCUCCCAGGGACCUUGCUGCCAGUAUUUGGCCUGCUCUAUGUGCUCAUCUUUGGCCUUGCUGUGGUGGGAAACGGGGCUGUGCUGGUUAUUCUGUGCCGUAAGAAGGCUCUGCAGUCCCCCAGCACUUUCUUCAUCUGCUCCUUGGCACUCAGCGACCUCCUUAUUGCCAUUGUGUGUGUGCCUGCCUCCAUGCUGCAGCACUUCUUCACCAACUGGCUGGCAGGAGACUUUUUGUGCAAGCUGGUACCGUUCCUUCAAGUGACUGCCAUAGCAACCAGCAUCCUCACCAUGACAUGCAUUGCCGUGGAGCGUUUCCAGGGCAUCCUGUAUCCCCUGCAUGUCCGCAACAGUUACGUCCUCCACAGCUCCAUCAGGAUGCUCGUGUUUGUGUGGCUGGUUGCUUUGGCAAUAGCAGCACCCAUGUGGUUUGUCCAGAAAGUAGAGGUAAAAUAUGACUUCCUGUUUGAUGUUCAUCACACCUGUUGCCUGGAGGUGUGGCCAAACCCCCAGCAGAGACGUGGCUACACCGCCUGCCUCUCUGUGCUGGUCUUUCUGGUUCCCAUGUUGACCAUGGCGGUUCUGUAUGGGAAGAUUAUGAGAGAGCUAUGGGGAAAGCACAGAGUGCAUGAGGCCAUGUUCCAGACCCUGCCAGGCUCCGAAAUCAACAAGAUCACCAGGAGGAAGAAGAGGGCAGUGAGGAUGAUGGCCACGGUGGUGCUGUUGUUCGGCGCGUGCUGGGCUCCAUUUCACCUCGUCUCACUGCUGUUGGACUAUGGUAAAUUGGAUCUGGAUCUGGACUCUGAGUUUUUGCUGGUCAGCCUGGUGCAGAUCUUGGGCUUCAGUAACUCUGUAUGCAACCCACUGGUCUACGCCGCCCUCAACACCAACUUCAAAAGGGACAUGCUUGCCCUCCUGACCCAGGGGCGGAGUCCCGGAGACGGGUGCUGCUGCAGCCUGGACUCCAUCUACCUGUGGAGAGGUCGGUCCCGGGUGGGCAUCUCCUCUUUGGAACCAAGGACAACUACGGAGCGGACAGAGAGACGGUCUGGGCUGCGGCCCUGGAGCAAGGUGGCCUGGGAGGCCGAACACAAUGGCACACCAGAGCCGGACAGGCUCACAUCCCAGUCCUUUCCUCACAUGAACCUGUUCAGUGCCAUCCGGCUCAAUAGGAGCUCAGCCACUGUGAUCCUGAGCGUUACUGACCCGCCACACGUGCGCAGCGCCUUUGACUGA